AAAUUUCCGAAGUACCUGGGAUAUUAUGCCCUACUGCUAGCAUCAUCUCCCACUCCGCCUUCCUUCUCCAUCACACACACGAACGCGACAGACGUAGCCGAAGCUUGGGAAAGUACCCGUAGAAACUACUAACUAGAAAGUUCAACCUCUUUCACUGGAAGCCCCUAAGACCAGACACAGUUUCAACGAUCGAAAAGCGAACGAACCCACAUGGGAACCCUUGGGAAAGCAAUAUACACCGUCGGAUUCUGGAUUCGUGAGACCGGCCAGGCCAUUGAUCGUCUUGGCUGCCGCCUCCAAGGCAACUACUACUUCCAGGAGCAACUGUCUAGGCAUCGAACUCUUAUGAACAUAUUCGAUAAAGCUCCUGUGGUUGAUAAGGAUGCAUUUGUGGCCCCAAGCGCCUCUGUCAUUGGGGAUGUUCAAGUUGGAAGAGGAUCAUCUAUUUGGUAUGGAUGCGUCUUGAGAGGUGAUGUGAACAGCAUCAGUGUUGGUACUGGAACUAACAUACAAGAUAACUCUCUUGUGCAUGUCGCAAAGUCUAACCUAAGCGGGAAGGUCUUACCUACCAUUAUUGGGGACAAUGUUACCAUAGGUCAUAGUGCUGUUAUCCAUGGCUGUACCGUUGAGGAUGAGGCCUUUGUUGGUAUGGGAGCAAUACUCCUUGAUGCUGUUGUUGUGGAGAAACAUGCUAUGGUUGCUGCUGGAGCCCUUGUGAGACAGAAUACAAGGGUCCCAACUGGUGAGGUAUGGGGAGGCAACCCGGCAAAAUUUCUGAGAAAGCUCACUGAUGAAGAGAUAGCCUUCAUUUCCCAGUCAGCUACCAAUUAUACAAACCUUGCACAGGUCCAUGCAGCUGAGAAUGCAAAAUCAUUUGAUGAGAUUGAGUUUGAGAAGCUCCUUCGCAAGAAGUUUGCUCGUCGGGAUGAGGAGUAUGACUCGAUGCUGGGUGUUGUUCGGGAAACUCCCCCUGAACUUAUUCUUCCAGAUAACAUUCUACCAGAUAAAGCACCAAAGGAUCCUCAAAAAUGAGAUUUUAGUUAGUUUUUCUUCGGUUCAGAUCUUGAAUUUCAACAAAGGAAUAGUUGUUUUUAUGAGCAAAUACAUGGAAAAGGGAUUAUUUUCUUUCCCAAUAAUACCAGACGUGUUUCGGCGGAAUCAUUGCUUCUUCCUAGCUCUUGCCUCUAGUCUUCCGGCAGUGUUUUCAGUUUUUGGAAACUGUAUUUCUUGCUUCAGGUUGUAUUGAUGCCAGAAGCUUCAUGUGUGUUGACGCUUUUUGUUCCUUGUAUUAAAGGCAUCUGGUCUUCCACAAAGAUUUAUUGAUCUGUUUAUCAAGCCAUUCUAGUGUAUGUUAAGAGAAUAUUCUCCUUUGAAGACAAGUGAUUGUUAGUAGUCUUUUAUACCAGCAAUCAUGGGUUGCAUGUUACUUAACUAUGACUAGGAUGGUGGUGAGACUUGAAACCCUUGAAAGGGAGCUCAAAUUGUAAGCCGGACUUUGAUAAUAAUCACCUGGUAUAGUGUACAUGAAGAGUUCCAAACUUUA